CGAUGUUUCUGCACUUCUGUCCUCGCUGAGAUAACCGUAACUCCGGAGGCUGCUCCCCUUCCUGCUGUGUGCUCACCAUGGCCUCUAAACCACACGCUCCUCUAAUGAAGAAGCACAGUCAGACAGACUUGAUAAGCCGUUUGAAGAGUCGGAAAGUACUUGGAGUCGGCGGAGAAGAUGAUGACGGGGAGGUGCACCGCUCAAAGAUCAGUCAAAUGCUUGGAAACGAGACAAAGUUUGCUGUGCGGGAGCCAGUAGGAUUGAGAGUGUGGAUUCUUCUCUCUGCUGUCGGCUUCACGCUUAUGGCUCUAAUGGCAAUGCUGUUCCCAAACCAGCUAUAUGAGGUGGUGUUUGAAGAGAAACUCUCCACAACUAGCAUCUCUGUUCGGCUUUACGGUGGGGCCCUGCUGAGCCUCUCUCUUAUCAUGUGGAACGGUCUCUACACGGCAGAGAAGAAUGUCAUCCAGUGGACACUCCUCAGUGAAGCCUGCUACUUUGCAGUCCAGUUUUUAGUGACAUCCAUCACCUUAAUAGAAAUCGGCAUCCUGCCCAACGCUGCCAUGCUGCUGCUCAUCAGUCGACUGCUCUUCCUGGUGGUCACCAUGGCCUACUACUACCACCUGGGCCGCAAGCCAAAGAAGAUCUGAACUGAAGACUUGCGCAGACAGAGGACGGAGCACAAAUCACAAACAGGGGUCUGGAGGUUUGGAAUAUGAUGUUGCUGGCGGGUUGUUGUAACGCCAGUGGCUACGACCUGCCACCAAACCUUCAUGUGAUCUGAUUUAUUAUUAACGUCAUCUUUAAAAAUUGCACCUCCUGAGUUGUGAAGUUAAGGUUGGCAGAGGGAAAAAAAAAAAAACAAGCUGUGUGUUUCAUUGUCCAAAAUUACGUUUUAGAUUUGAUUAAGGAAAAAAGAUGUUGUCAAAAUUUUGCGUCACAAACAUUUGAAUCUUAACUCUAUCUCUUAAUAACGACAGGACCAAAACUUGGAGUUCUUAUUUGCUCCUGUCUGUGUAGAGCUGUGACUCGACCAUCUGCUUGACAGUCGGAGUGCGGAAACAAAAGGAACGUGAUUCAGGCACAGAUGUAUAAGCUAAAGUUUGUACUCUACUGGUAGCUUUCUUGGUCAGUGCGUACAGAGGUCCAGGUUUCCAAAAUACACUCUUGGACACAAGUUUUUCUUUCCUCAUUAUUCGAGCCGUUGGUUCGACCAAAGUGAACCGGUUCUAUGACUAAUGACUUGGUUGGAUCAGGUGUUUUUCCUCGUGCAGACUUGUGUGACGAUCACUGAUAUCCAAAACAGUUGUUCACAAAUGUGUUUAACAGGCUGACUAAAGUGAUUCUGAUGGUUCCUUAUUCGUGAUGUAGCAUAGUUUUAAGUCUUGCCUUAAAAAGUAAAGUCUCCAACACUGCAUUUGUUGUUUUGUAAAUAUGUAAAUAGAACCAUCUGGUUAUCUUGUGAGACGGACGACAGGGAUCUUGCUCAGUGUUAGUUAUUUCUCUUGUGUUGCUGUGUCUUAUUUUGUACUUAUUUAACUUGGUUUCAACAACAUGCAUGUAUCAUGAAGAAAAGGAGAAGAUAAUGUACUUUGUAGCAAAUGAACCACCGUAUCAUCCCUCUGAGUUUGAAGGGGAUAUUUUUGGAUUCCAAAGUUAAAAAUGGCUGUGCUCUAAUGUGUUUAAUAGCAUCUACCUCCCUGCUUUCGAAAGGUGGUCAAGUCCAUGCUGCAGUUUUCUACUCAGAUCUCCAAACUUUGACACCUAAUACCAAACUACAAACAUUCCCAAGUCGGUUUUCUCAGUUCGUGUCCCCUUUGAACAGUUAUUUAGAGUUUAUUAAGGAACCCACCGUUGGUCUCUGGUGGUGGUCCACGGAGUAGCAAAUCACCAUGUUGGUUCCUGUCCUGGUUGGGUGUGGUGGUCUUGAGGUCUGAGUGAUUGUGGGUUUGCAGCUGCCAGUCCAGCUCAGGAGGCAGAUGUUCUUCUGACUUGGGCGAACCUUCAGACUUCAGAGAAACAUGGGUGAGGUCUUCUUCACUCCUACAAAGUAGCAAUUAUCUUUCUUCCAAUGUUCAAUUAGAUGCAGCGCUCCCCGAGUGACACGGCGCUCCAGUCGAGUGCAAUGCCCCGACUAGCAUGGUAAUUAUAGAGGUAGAAAAAGUGUCAUUCCAUAUCCGUUGAUCUCAGAGGCCUGGGAUCAUCAUCCUCGUGAAAUGUUGAAAGAUGUUCAGGUUAUUUUAGGAGCACAUGCUGGGGACACAUUCUUUCAUCCUCUUGGUUCUUUGAUGUUAAUCCAUGAAUAAAGGAAAAUCUCAUCGGUUACCUGGGAGAUUUUGCUGAACGCUGAACUCUGGUGUCGGUCCAUACGGUGGUCUUGUGAUUAGCAAACCAGGUCGAACUGUUUCAAGUUGUAAUGUUGUGUUUUUAUGUAUAGAAGUGCGAUGCAGUACCUCGACAAUGAGCUUUCCAUUAUGUAGUUUGAAAUAAAGAACAAUA